AUGAGAAACCGUAUUUUCUAUUCUUCCAAGGUACCUCCUGGAAGGUCCGAAUUGGCUCAAGUUGCCCAAGUUGCAACAAAUUUAUCUGAAAUUGUGGAACAAAGCAUACCAACAGUUUACAUUUAUCUUAUGAUUUUCUGCAACUUUGUGGAAAACGGAAUGAUGCUUUGCAACGACGUUGUACCUGUUUUAAUGACAAAAUCAAGAUACAAUUGGUUUUACCAAAAUGUAGGUGUGUAUGUUACGCUCAUUGAUGACCUAGUUUAUUGUUUUCCCUUAUUUUUAGCAGUUCUUAUGGCUUCUGAGAGAAUAGGCCCAGCCCGUUACAACCCUAUUUCACACAUUCUUUCCUCACAAAUGCCGGUUGUUAUUUUUUAUAUUAUGUAUCUUCUAUUUAUUUUUGCUGCGCUAUGUUUUCUACUACUGUUGUUUGUGUCGAUUUACAGCUACAAGCAGAAAGAUCGAAUACCAAUUGUCUACAUUUAUAUCAUGGUCAUGUGUAAUUUAGGUGUUUGUUUUGUCGAGUUUUACAGUGACAUUUUUCCAUACUUCGUUAGCAAAAAAGCGUAUAAAUGGAUCUACAACAAUCUUGGAGAAUAUCUAACUAUUUUUGAUUACCAUGUCUACACAUAUCCGUUACUUUUGACAGUAUUAAUGAUAAUAGAACGAAUAUAUGUUAUAUUUUUCCCAUUCGGACGAGCUUUCACUGAUCAAAAGUUGUGGUUCUAUUGUUUGACACUAGCGAUAGUUUUAUUAGUCCUCCUGUUGAUACCCUUUUUCUCCGGAUGCGCUGUCAAUUAUUCGUUUUACACUUUCGAUUAUUCCACAAAAUGCGAUCCGGAUGGACAUUUUAUCACAUACAUAUUUGACACCUACACAGGACUUAUCCCCGUGGUUUGCCUCGUUCUUAACUUCCUUCUGAUUCUCUAUAUUUCUCUACGUAGACGGAAGUUCCGAACCCAAUCUAAUACAAAACUCAAUGCCCGCCAGAGUCAUGAAAAGACGCUGUUGAUUCAGUCAAUCUCGUCAACCACUUUUCUUCUGAUAUAUGAGAUUACAGAAGUGCUAACAGACAUUUUCAGUGAACAAUAUGACGCUCUACCUGCAUUCACUCGACGUGUGAUCUACUACGGCCGUGCUGGGUCUGUAGCUCUGACUUGCUUCUUCAUCUAUUUUGUUGGGACAUCAUCAAUUCGAAGAAUUAUUAUUGCAAAGUUUCUGAAAUUGACGAGGAAGGAGAAGCAAGCACCCAGAAUGAUGUUGAGCAGCAGAGAUCUUCCAAACGCCGUAGAAGAGUACCCACAAGAGCGAGGCAACCAAACCAGUCAAAAAUCUACAGCUGCAAAAAUGUCGAAGCUAUCCUCCGAGUCAUCAUCCGUUCCUGAGAAAACAUACUGGACUUCUUCUAGCAGACAAUCUAAAGCACCAAGUCGAUAUGUUGCCAAUUCCAAGAAAUGA